CGGUACGGUACCGUACGUACAGUACAUACAUAAGUGUACAUGGUAUGUACACAACUCUCUAUGGAGACUGAAAGUUAAGUGAAACAAUAAAAAAUCUAUGGUUUGUCAUGUGCGGUGCAUGUCUGCCAUGUCCACUCUAAAAAAUUGUACUGCUUGAGCUUCUGAAGAUGUAGCCCAUCCAAAACGUAAACUGCAUUGUCAGUUGUUUGAAACGACAAACUUCAAUCUCAAACUUCCAAGGGACAAGUGACAAUGUCUCGGGCAACAGUGUCUAAAUCCCGUGCAGAUAAAAGCAAAGAUAAAGAUAAGGAUCGUGGUGGCAGUACAUCGGUUCCAGUACCACCAGUCAACACAGAUGUCAUCCCUGGAAGAUUUUCUGAGACAGACUGGGGUUCAUUGUUGGACAAAGAGGAUGGAGAGGACUUCAUAGUUGAUAUUGUGGGUGACAUUGUAAAUUCUGCUUUGCAUGUCAUCCAUGAAAACUAUAUACAGAGGCAGCUUUAUCCCUACACAGUGACACAAGCAAGAGAUGCCAUUCUCCAGAUAAUUGAGUGGCAAUUCCUCGCUCGUGAUGAAGGAGAAGAAAAACCAGAAGAGAAUUUCACCUGGCAAGAAGAGGAAGAGCCUCAGCCAUCUGUUCCAGAUGCCUGGGCACAAGGAUCAGUGCCCAGACAGCCACAACCUCCACUUUCUCCACCGGCAUCCGAACCAGACACCGAUGUGACAUCUGUCAGUCGACUUUCAGAGCCAGAGAUUCUAGAGGAUCUGCCCACAACCAUUAAUGAGACGGGGACUAUCGUUGAAGCUGAUGACACAUAUGCACCUGUGGUGAGGCGGGCAGAGAUUAAGGAGGAGGAAGUUGAGGAGACUCGAGAGAAAGAAGAGACCAUGACAGAGUCUGAGAAGCCUGUCCAUGUGAAACCACACAAGUUUAAGUACAAGCCAUACAGAGGUCCCUUGAAGUCAGCUGGUCUACGGGGUAUCACAAAGACACUUGAUGAAACAGAUAAAGAAAUUGAUCUGGCGGAACAAAGAGCAAGAGAUUCAACACCAGAGAAAAAAGACAUCUUUGAACACAUGCCUUCCUCAUGCCAUUCCAUACUGAAGGUUCAAGCAGGUCGGCCCCCAGGAAGCAAGGAUGUGACUUAUGAUGAGAAAGGCAACGUAGUCUCUGUCAUCAAAUUAGACCCAGAGAGAUUACCCUCACACAGAGUAAGAACCAAGUUUGCUAUUGUGGAUCCAGCGGUUGAAGCAGCCCACGCCAGACUAAUCGCAAUGAGGACAGGGCGCUACAUCUCGGGAACUGAUAAAGUUACAAAGACCAGUGGUUACACAGCCAAGAACAACAAUGAACCAACAGAAUCUGUCAGCAAUGGGCAAAGCUCUAAGAGAGGUGGUCAGGUCAUGGCCAGUGCUAUGACUGUUGGAAGCAGUAAUACCAUGACAAUACAGAUGAAGACAGCAUUUGAGAGUAACACAGUCAGUGGAGGUAUAACACCGCUACCUCCACCUCUUAUUGAGUCCAUGGAGUUGUCCCCUGGUGUUGUGGUCAAAGAGGGCAAUCGCAUCAAGCGUGGCCCCAAGCUCCAUCUCCGUCAUGGCGAGGCAGUCACGUCGGCCAAGUUGCGCUCCCUACGGCCCAUUGGGGGACCAGACAGCCAUGGCUGCCAGAAGCUGACUGUUGAACACAUCCUGUCAUCCCAGUCGCCCAUUCUGCGCCCCUUGCAUGCCACUGAGCCAAUCCCUCCCAUUGUUCCCCGCCCCUCAAACUCUGCCCAGGAGAGUGCUGUUUAGCAUUAUCAUAACGGCUUAAAUUUAUUUCUUGAUGCUAAUUGAUUCCUGGGUUUAUGUGAGGCGAAAUGAAGUGCCUGCUCAAUGUGAAUGGUUGCUGACGACAAUAACAAACUGAACAAGGUUGAUUGUUAUGUGCCAACAUUCCUUUCUGGCACUAACAGUUAUCCCAAAACUUGUCAGAAGACAUACAUCUGAGAAAUUCUUUUGCUCUAGAUAUCAAACAACCAUGCACUCCAUUCUUUCUUCUGUCACUGUCUUCUGCCUUUGUAGGACGUAAUGCAUAGAUUUAUUGAAUCCUGGGUUAAGAUAUGUUGCUGAGAGUACAGACAGUGCUUCCGAUGGCAUGUGUCAGGGAAGAUGAAUCCUGGGUUUUGCAAAUUGCGUCUUCCAACUAGCUAUGAUUUCAACCGAGUGGUGUAUCCAGGUCCUGGGUCCAGACGCAAAAUGGAAACUUUCCUUAAAAAACUUUACUGUCCAUUUCUUUUACUUUUAAAAGAAUCCAAUGACAGGUGGUAGUACCGUUUCUAAAAUAAUGAUGCUAUUAAUUCCUUUUAAUGAAAAAAAUGUCAACAGUCUCCUUUGGGGCAGCUUAUCCCCUGCUGUGCCCCCCCCCCCGGAUUUGCCACGGGACCCAGUACACUCAUCACCCAAAGAUUAUACUCAAGGGCUCAGAGACCUGGUAAUCCAUGCUCUUGUGUGUUGGAUUAUAUUCUUGAUUGCACGAUUAUUGGAUUAUUUUCCUGAUUGUAUUUUUAACAGCAGAUUCAGUGGUCUUGUCAGAAAAGCCCAUCUAAAAUCUAUCGGGAAACAUUGGCAAAUUAAAAGAUAAAAAAGUGUAUAUACUUCGACAUUUGAAAUACUAAGAGUACACUAGAUUCUCUGUGAUUUGCAUUGUUGAAGAGGCACAUUGUACCUACAUUCCUGUACAUUUAGCUUGUAAAAAGAAACCAUGAAUCCAAUCCUGAAAGUUUUUCUUUAAAUGAGGUUGUUAUAUUUAUUAUUCAGUGCUAAUGUCCUUGUAGAAUCCGUUUUGAAUUGCUUUUAAAUUGUAAAUAAUAUGAACAGAAAACGAGCUAAGGUGCCUUUCUUACCACCUGACAGAAAUUUCGUCCAUUUGUACAUGAAGAGUGUAUGGUUUAGUUUACUCAUUGUGUUCUUCCAAUUGUCCAAUAAAAUCAUUAGUGGCGACAAUUGUAACCAAAA